GCCACAACUUUCUCCACAACACGUGUGUGAGUGUGCACGCGAUCACCGCAACACCAACAUACCACACACUCGUUUCUUCCGCGAUUGAGUAACACACCAUCGACCGACUGACUGCAUCGUUAAUAGCCCACGGUGGUGACUUGAACCAGUCGUUGUUCAGCCAGCAGAGACUGCUUUCGUGAUGACGACCACCGCUGCUGCUGCCGGAGGGCGUUUCAGUGUGAACAAGUGUCCGCCGGAAUAUCAGGAGUACGUUUGCGAUCUUUCCGAUAGGGAUCGUCAGCUGGCCAAGGUGGAGCUGGGUGAAGAUGAUCAGGUUCGAACGCAAGGGUUGCAGCACAUGCGGGACUGGAUCGGGCGUCAUCCGCACAUCCGCAAGUGUCGAACCGAUCCGGUGUUCCUGUUAAGGUUCCUAAGGGCGCGAAAGUUCAACCUGCCACAAGCAUGUGAUAUGCUCGAAAGGUAUCUGUCGAUGAGGCAGGUGUUUCGGAUUUGGUUCGAAAAUCUGGACCCCGAAGAUAAGUACAUGAAGCAGUGCGUGGCGACUGAAGGGGCACUUCCCCUGGGGGUUGACAAGCGUGGUCGUAUGGUGGGACUGAUUCGCGUGCGUAACUUUGACGCCGCCAAGUUCACGUGCCACCAUUUGGGGCGGUUCACGCACAUGGCGCUGGAGAGUUUCUACGACGAUCAGCGGGUUCAAAUCGGAGGUGGUGUAGCGAUCGUCGACUGUCAGGGCGCAACAAUGGCCCAUUUUACGCUGUUUAAGCUGUCCGACAUCCGAAACUUCAUGGAAUGCCUCAAGCAUGCACUGCCCGUUCGUGUUCAGGAGGUGCACGUGAUCGGGCUGCCUCGGAUUGGCGCCGCCAUCGGGGAUCUCAUUCUUAACUUUGCCAGUGCCGAGAUGAAACGGAGGAUCUUUUUCCACUCAACGCUCGAGGACGCCAUGAAGCAGCUUGACCAGUCACUGCUGCCCGUUGAGUAUGGGGGCGUUCAGGACGCACGGGACAUCGUCGAGCGGCUCCGGAAACGACUGGAGGACGGACGUGACACGCUGAUACAGCUUGACGAGCUGGAAAUCGACGGGGAGCCGUACGCUGCCUUUUGGAACCAGGGCCAGGACGAGGAUGUGGAGUUUGGCAUGGAGAUUGACUGAGGUUUAUAAUGGUCUGGAGUGAUACGUAAUUUUAUAAUGUUGAGUUUUAAAGCUGCACGAGGCAGAUCUCUAUCCAUGUUUAUGCGUUCUUAAAUGUUCUAAUUGUACUAAAAACACUAGGGUUAAUGUUUUACUCAAGAUUUUAAUCAUUUUAUCUAGCAUUAAAAAAAUAUAAAAAUCAGAAU